CCAAUGGCGUGAAUUUCAAGGAUCAAGGACUUAUCUCACGGUUUCUUAGCCGCUGUCGUAGGGCUUUUCCCGCCGCAGCAUCUUUUCUCAUGAGAUGGGAGGAUGACACACUUCCCAACGAGAAAGCUGAAGUCCGGCCCGCCAGCGACUCCGAAUCCCACACUCGGCGUAGUGAUCAUCGGAAAAAACUACGAAACAUGCCAUUCACACUCGAUACCUUUCGGCUGGUAGCGAAGAGGAUGUCUAUUCACAGUUGGAUUGGUCGGCUUAUAAGUCGAGCCAAUGUACCGGCCUUUGAACGGACGCUGACCGAGAUGCCACUGUACACGAGUACUGGCGUAGGUGUGGUUCGUCAGAAGGCAAUAAUAUAUAAUUGCCGAACAUCUAACGAAUGGGAAAACGACAUGGCCCUGACUGUCACACACUUUCCAGAGCAAAAACUGACUUUCGCGCUACUCUUCGGUGCCUCAGAAGGGCAGGAGAGGAGCGUGUUAGCACGGCUUAGAACAGCCGGGCCAGAUACGGCCCACCCCAUGCUUCUCCCAGGAAUCCUCGCAGAGCUGGAACGCAAGAGGCAAAUGGAGAUUGCAGACGAGAUGAUUGACGAGCUGGAGAUGCAAAUCUUCCAGCUCGACAACGAGACCCUCACCAGCUGGAAGCACAGCCGGCAGACCACGGCCGAGAGGAACAAGCAGAAGACCAAAGCUUGGCUUGACGCCGCCUUCUCGAGGAACAUCCUUCUGACUACUAAAUCCUUACUAUUCAGCAUGCGGCGGCAUCUCGAUGAGUAUGCGAUGUUGGUGAAUCCCACGAUGCGGGGAGCUCACGAUCUUCGUCGCCAGGACCCUGACCACUCCGCCUGUAAGGGGUUACGACCCGGUACGCCACACUCCUCGACUAGCAGCAACUGGCAAUUUUGCAGUCAGAUGUCCUUGGACUCGGAGUCCUCGGUCUCGGAAACGCUCACGACGUCAAAUCCUGAGAGCACAUGCGACCCGGAUGCGACGUACCAAGUCAUCCUGCAACAAGCGGGUAUGAGGAUGGAAGAUCGAUUUCUUUCCAUAAUCGCGGAGUACGACGACAAGAUCAGGGCCUGCAGUAUGGAAGUCGAUGGUAUGGCGAUGGCAACGCAAUGGUCCCACGGAGAAACAAACAUGGAAAUCGCCACGGCCACCGGCGAGGACUCGCGUCAGAUGCGGUCUAUCGCACUGGUCACCAUGAUAUUCCUCCCAGGGACCUUUUUCGCCAGCAUGUUCUCCAUGACCUUCUUCAACUGGAAGGGUGGCGCUGACAGCGACAGCGCUGGUGACAACUCCGGUCCUACUGUCUCCCCAGAGAUCUGGAUAUAUUUCCUGAUGACUGCCAGCUCCACUAUGAUCACCCUGCUGCUUUUUUGGUAUUUCAUUCUGUCUCGUCAGCGGAACAGGCGGAAGUCACAAGGGGAUUCGUGCCCUGUUUGAUGCGCGUUCGAAACAGGCGUAUUCCCUCCCCUCAAGGUCCCUAGCAUUGAUUAGAUUCCAAUCCCACCCGACUCGGGUCGUUUGUCAAGGGGUGCGCCGUUCACUUGCAGUCCACAUGCAGACUGGUUGCUGGUACCCGAAAGACUCAGCCACCGUCUUCUCAAAACCGCAGCUCACCGCAACUCACCGCCACUUUCCUUCACCGCCGACCAUCAACACGGAGUGUCUCAGUACACAACCGUAUGCAUGUCUGAAUCGGGUACAUGUUUGAAUGCCAGGGCUUACUAGUCCCUCCGGGCGGCUAAGGGGAAAGUGACAAUGACUCGGGGCACGCGUCAGGGAGUUUUGUGGAUGCCCACAGGUGGAACGUGGGGAUUGGUGUCACCCGCGACAAGCCCCCGUUUGC